ACAGCAACUCAACAAGCUCCAGCAACAGCAGCAGCAUCGUAGGAUCCACGUCGCACCAAUUCCACCAGCAGACACAGAGCAGCAGCAUGCAAGGUAAACGCAAAGCUCUGAAGCUGAACUUCGCCAACCCUCCAGUGACGGCCUCCAGGCUCCCACUCAACCCAACGGCGCCCUCCUUCCCGAACCCGCACAUAGAGCGUCUGCGGACACACAGUAUCGAGUCGUCGGGGAAGCUGAAGAUCUCUCCAGAGCAGCACUGCGACUUCACCGCUGAGGAUCUGAGAGACCUGGGCGAGAUCGGUCGUGGGGCGUAUGGCUCUGUCAAAAUGGUCCACAAACCCACGGGCCAGAUCAUGGCUGUCAAGAGGAUUCGUUCCACUGUGGACGAGAAGGAGCAGAAGCAGCUGCUGAUGGAUCUGGAUGUGGUGAUGAGGAGUAGUGACUGUCCCUACAUUGUUCAGUUCUACGGCGCUCUCUUCAGAGAGGGUGACUGUUGGAUUUGUAUGGAACUUAUGUCUACCUCAUUAGACAAAUUCUACAAAUAUGUAUAUUGUGCAUUAGAUGAUGUCAUUCCAGAGGAAAUAUUAGGCAAAAUAACAUUAGCAACCGUUAAAGCACUGAACCACUUAAAAGAAAACUUGAAAAUAAUUCACAGAGACAUCAAACCUUCCAACAUUCUAAUGGACCGAAAGGGGAAUAUCAAGCUGUGUGACUUUGGCAUCAGCGGUCAGCUGGUGGACUCCAUAGCCAAGACCAGAGAUGCAGGAUGCAGGCCUUACAUGGCGCCUGAAAGGAUAGACCCCAGUGCUUCCCGACAAGGCUAUGAUGUCCGGUCUGAUGUGUGGAGCUUGGGAAUCACCCUGUAUGAACUGGCUACAGGACGGUUUCCUUACCCCAAGUGGAAUAGUGUUUUUGAUCAGCUGACGCAAGUGGUGAAAGGAGAACCUCCGCAGCUCAGCAACUCGGAGGAGAGGCAGUUCUCCCCCAAGUUCAUCAACUUUGUUAACCUAUGCCUUACAAAGGACGAAUCAAAAAGGCCAAAGUACAAGGAGCUUCUGAAACACCCCUUCAUCCUGAUGUACGAGGAGCGUUUCGUGGACGUCGCCAGUUACGUUUGUCGCAUCCUGGAUCAGAUCCCCGCCUCUCCCAUCUCUCCCAUGUACGUGGACUGAUGGGGCCGUCGCCCAACAUGCACUGGGUGGGACACUAAGCUUUGUGAUGCAACGCUUUUCGACAUCUUAGCCCUCAGAGUUACGUAGGAUCACCCGUCUAUUCACAUGUUCCAAAGAGCGAAGGAACUAAAUCCAAAUUGCCCGGCGCAAUUAAAAUAAAUAUUGUUAAGCGAACCCUUCCACCUCAAAUCACGUCAUUUUAAAGUCCGUUAGACCUAAAA